AUGGGCGGCUUCUGCAGGGGUGACACAGGAGGCUUCCUGGCCCUCCUGGUCUGGCUUCAGCUUCUUCAGCCUCUGUUUAGUGGUACUUACAGACCCAGGGGGGAUUCCAGAGCGAUGCCCACCAGUCCAGCGGACCCGGCACAGCGGAACCGCAUGAAACCCCUGAGUAUUUCAGAUCCUUCGGUAGUUCCCGUGUCUCCAGACCCUACUGGGACUCCAGGAUCAGGGACUCCUUCACCGACCACACCCAAAGAUGUCUUGGAAUCCAGUAGUAACUCUCCAGUAGGACCGUUUUUUCCAGAACCAUGUGGCCAUAGAAUCAUGGAGUUAAAUCAUGGGAGGCCAUCUGCAGUAAGGAAGUGGCCUUGGCAGGUGAGCCUGCAGAGCAGAAAUGAACAUGUAUGUGGAGGCUCCCUCAUCAGCCGUCAAUGGGUGCUGACUGCGGCCCACUGCAUAUAUGGCCAGGAGGAGUACAAGGUGAUGCUGGGAGACAAUGUGUUGAAUUCUGAGUCUGAAAAUGCGACUCUGAUCCCAGUCCGAGACAUCAUCUAUCCUUCCAAUUUUGACUUUCAAACCAUGAAGAACGACAUUGCUCUUGGUCUGCUGGACACCCCUGUGAAUUACUCCUCACUUAUCCAGCCUGUGUGCCUCCCUGAGAAGCCCUUCCAGGUGAAGAAUGGGACAUUGUGCUGGGUGACCGGCUGGGGCCACCAGAGAGAAAACGAUACAGUGUUCACCUCAGUUCCCCUUCAGGAGGUUCAGCAAAACAUUCUUCUCCAGAAGCAUUGUAAUCGGCUGUUCCAGAGACAUUUGAAGAUAUCUAAAAACCUAGUGAUGAAAGGGAUGAUCUGCGGCCGGCAUGACUCAGGACAGAGUCCUUGUUGGGGAGAUUCUGGGAGCCCCCUUGUCUGUGAAUCUGACGACACGUGGAUCCAGGUGGGGAUUAUGAGCUGGGGCAUCAACUGUGGUCAAGCCUCUGUGCCCUCAGUUUACACAGACAUUGCGGAGUACAAGGAGUGGACCAAGUACAUUUUAAGUCAGACUUCCUGUGUGGAUUCCACGCGAGUCUUGGUCCUAUGCCUGUCUCUGGGGCUGCAGCUGGCCACCCUGGUAAUGCUGGGACCCCCUAGCCUGCUGUCUUCCUGUUGGUUUUGA